CCCGGCCGGCACGCGUUGGUGACGUCACGCGCGGCGCCAACUCCGCGCUCCCAAAGUCUCCGGAGGCCGACAACGGAGUAUCCGUGGAUUUCUCACACCGCGCAGCUUCGGGCACAAGGAACCUUUUCCGCCGAAAUUUUGCAGAGAGAGCCUCCUCGUGGCUGAGAGCUGCAGGACAGAGUGAAGAGAGGGAAAGAGUGAACGACGCUGAGGGAGACGUCAUCAGAGAGCACCGGAAGCGGCCCGACAAUGAAGAGUGUGAUCUACCGUGCUUUUUCUCAGAAAGAGGCAAAAGAGUACGAUGUUCAGCAUCAGGAAGCAAGUCAGGCAGAGGCCUUUGUGAGGGCCUUCCUAAAGCGGAGCAUGCCCCACAUGAGCCAACAAGCUUGUGAGGAUCAGCUGCAGCGCAAGGCUGUUGUUCUGGAGUACUUCACCCGCAGGAAGCGAAAGGAGAAGAAAAAGAAAUCCAAAGGCCUCUCCGCCAGACAGAGGAGGGAUCUUCGGCUCUUUGACAUUAAACCAGAGCAACAGAGAUACAGUCUUUUUCUCCCUCUGCAUGAACUCUGGAAACAGUAUAUCCGGGACUUGUGCAAUGGUCUCAAGCCAGACACGCAGCCACAGAUGAUUCAAGCCAAGCUGUUAAAAGCAGAUCUUCACGGUGCUAUUAUUUCAGUCACAAAAUCCAAAUGCCCUUCAUACGUGGGUGUCACAGGAAUCCUUCUACAGGAAACAAAGCAUGUUUUCAAAAUUAUCACCAAAGAAGAUCGUCUGAAAGCCCAGGAGAAGCAGCGAUGCCAGAAGCUUUGCCUUCUAGUGUCUUCCACCCAGACCACACUGGAAGAGAAACACCAGGGUGGAGAAGGGAAGUGUAAACACUGACUCUGUGACAGGAGAACAGAAAGACCUAGCUCUGUGACACUGCACCUCCUGGAAGCUCAGUGCAUCUGCAGUUCCACGGGACCAGCCUCGCUGCUUGGCCCUGCUUCCAUCCAGUAUGUUGGGCCCACUGCUCUCCAGGAUGCUUCUGAGGCAGUGCAGGUGCUCUCUCCAGUUAGCACACAGUCUUUGCUGCUAUGGUGCAUGGACUAGGGGACAGAGCUCAAGUGCCAGUAUAACCUUGGACAGGGAACCUGGCAUAGUAACUACAAGGCCUCACUGACUGAGAGCAAAAAAGCUGGGAUUUGAACCUAAUAGCCUGGCUCUAGAGCUGUAUUUUUUACUGUAGAAUGGCUGCAAAGAAGAGAAAGAGAAUGUGCUAAAGUAUAUAAUAUACUGUCUUUACUACCUGCCUUCCCACUAAGGAAAUGUCUGCCUUCAGUGCAAAGUAGCUUCUGUUCUUCCAACCAGCUGAAAGUGCCACAUUUGUAACAGCGGCAUAGGUGCUAUAACUCCCUGAGCCAUCCUGCCCGUUCCCACCCCUCUGCAAUGUAAAAGGCAUCCAAUGUUGUGUAAAUACACAGUUGCUUUCCAGAAAAGUUGUUGGUACCACUUGCCAUGUGAAAUCUGUUUUUCAUUUGGCGCAGACUCAAGUUUCUGUGUGAGUGGCUGUAUAAUUUGUAGACUUCUCUCCCACUCUGCCAAAGGAGACUUGGUGAGAACCCUCACCUGCCACAAAGCUGUGGCUGUGCUUGCUGGUUUCUGGGAUGUACUUUUGUCUUCUUGGCCCAUCCAGGGGCUACCAGGUCCCAGGCACUAAGGUCUACAUCCUCCUCCCAGGCAGAAGAGGGCCAAGUCAGGAAGGGCACAGGUCUUGAUGAAGCUACACAGAGCAGGAGCAUGGAUCAGGGAUGGCCAUGUCCCCACAGGCUGUGACUCAAGCCUUGUCGCAGUGGUACUUGGCAGUCUGAUCUGUGUCUAACCAAGGAGCAGGACCCUAGUAGAGGCUGAGGCCUUGAAGUGCAAGCCCAUGUUCCAUAUAGCUUAGUCUGCCUCUUGUAAAUCAUGCACCAGAAAAAGUGCCAGAGAGGCCAAUGGGGAGAAAAGGUGGCUACCAUCUCUAAGUUAGGACUUAGGAGGCUUCUAGAUCAGGAGGUGUCAGCCCAGAGACCCACUGUUCUCCAGAGUGAGCAGGCCCUGAGGCACUUUUCUAGUUCCCAGAGCCAUCUCUGAAUUGAGGAUUAGCUGCAACACAGAGCACCCAGGGGACAAGCCAGAGCCUCUCUGUGGGGAGAAAAGCAACUGGAGGGUGCUAUCAGUCUGCUCAAACCUCCAUAACAAAAUAUCAUAGACGGUGCUUCAGCAACAGAGUUGUUUUCUCAUAGUUCUAGAAGCAAGCAGUCCACAAUGAAGGUGCUGUCAGGAUUGGCUUCUAGUGAGGCCAGAAGAAGUCUUCGUGGCUUGCAGACAGCCAGCGCCUUCUCACUGUGUUCUCAUGUGGCCUGUCAUCUGUAUGCAAGGGGAGAGAGGUCUCUCUAGUGUGACUUCCUCUAAUUAGGACAUUGGUCCUGUUGGAUUAGGGCACCACCCUAUGACCACAUUUAACCUUAAUUGCCUCUUUAAAGACCCUAUUUCUUUCUGGGCAUAGUUGCUUAAUGCUUUUAAUCCCAAUAAUUCAGGUCUGAGGCAGGAGGACAUCAAGUUUGAGGCCAUCUUAGCAAUUUGUAAGACCCUGUCUCAAAAUUUAAAAAUAAAAAGGAUUGUAGAUAUAGCUCAGUAGUAAAGUGGCCCUGAGUUCAAUCCUUAGUACCAAAACCAAAAACAAACAACAACAACAACAACAAACUAACCCCAAAUACAGUCAUAUUGUGAGUUUUAGGGCUUUAAUAUACGAGGUGUUAGGAUCACUAGCCAGUUCAAUUUCUAGACCCUGAGCUCCCAUUUCCACUGAGUUAUAUUACUUGCUCUUUCAAUAACUUAGAUUCAGGGCUGCUCCCUAUAGAUCCUAAAACCCUUGGUUUGCUAAGUUCCCCUUUAUUUUUGCAAAUGCCAAACUCUUUCUCCCUUAUUGUGGGAGGAAAUGUAUACCAAGGUGGGCAACGUGAAUGAACCAAGGAGGCCCCUGGGAGGAUGUAGCUCCAAGCUUGGGCAGCUGUGGGAUCUGAAGAAUGUAUUCAAACCCAGGUUCAGGACAAGAGGCUUCAGGAUCAUCACAAAUUACCCAGGAAAUCAGUGAAAGGUUCAUGGGGGGUCUGUCCACUGAUGGGAAGAAGGUGUGUGGCUGCCAGUCUCAAACCCAUAGAAGAUGCCUAAGGUUCUGCCCAACUCAUUAAUGGAAGGAGAUAAAUAGCAAGAACUGCUAGGAAAGUUUUAAUUCAUGGGGCAGAUUGUGAAUUCUGCUGAUCCAUUCAAGUCCUGAAGUCUUUGGGGGUCUUAGGGUAACCAACUGCUAAGUGGGGCCAUUCGACUAGAUCAAAUUUUCCUAAAAUGAGAUCUUGGAACUUCCUGCAUCCAAGUCUGCAGAGUGCAAGUCAAAAGCAGCCAGAUCCUGUGCUGUACCUCAGACCUACUGCAUCAGACUCCAGGGACAGGACCUAGAUAGUUGUGUGUUUAUCUAAGACCCCAGCUGUUUCCUUCAAUCAUUGGUGUUUGAGGACGGUGGACUCCAGAUGGUGUCUAAAGUCUCUUCCAGCUCUGAUGUCUGGACUGUGAUUUAAGAUUUGGAACUCUUGGGCCAGCAUUUUCUGGAUGACAGAAAAGAUCAUCAAAUGACUGAUUUCCUAGGUUCUGAAAAGUAAACAUGAACAUUCCUCCAAAAAGCCAUAAAUUAUGAUAAAAAGCUUUCUUUCUGGACAAUGGCUUUAGUGUUAAUUUAGUUUGCAUUUCUUAGCUAUAAUGCCUCAUUAAGACAUCUGUUAAAUGUCUAUAAUAUUAAUUUAAUAGAGGGGGUUCUAAUAGAACUGUAUUGGAAUUGUCCAUUUAAUUAACCUCAUGGGCCUUUAAUGGAUGUCUUAAAUAGACAUCAUUAACAAGAGUGUUAGACAAAUUAAAAUUAGAGUCAAUAACAUUCUUGGUAAUUUUUCCUGAGCUGUGAAGGACGAGCAUUGCUAACUAGACAGGCGCAGAGAUGGGCUGCACACAGAGUAGCGUCAGAGCUGCCAUCCCUGGGGGAAUUUGAAUGGACAGGCCCCAAAUGGGGUUCACCAUUCUGUGCCCUGGUCAGCUUUGCCUAAAGAAGACGAUACUCUCCAGUCAUAACAGGAAGCUCUCAGGAGAAAAGAUUUGCCCUCCCCUCUCCAUAUGCCUUUCACAGAAAAGGUUUUCUCUCCUGGUCCAUCAGGCUGAGCUCCUGGAAGAGGAGGGGUUUGGUGAGGGAGGAAGAUGAGGAGGCUAUAGGAACUUGCCUAGAGAUUCUCACUAAAUACCAGAUGUCUACAGUAUCAUGGAUCAUGAGGUGGUAUCAUGGAGCAGGUGAGAUGGCAUAGACAGGGAUAGGGUAGAAUUGAUUGGGGUGAGUGGGUUCAGUAGGAUGAGAUGAGAUGAAAUGGAAAACAUCACUUUUCUUUUGCCUCUGCCCCUCCAUUGAACAGCUCUCACUCAAUUGAUUCGUCUUUCCAAAGUUAGUAGUCAAUUCUCCAUCUUGAUCUUACUUGGCCUUUCUCAUCAGCAUCAGUCAUCAUUAAUUGUUCCUACACCCUAAAACUCCUCUGAAUCCCCAUGCUCCCAAAUUUCACUCACUUCCCUGACUGCUGCUGCUUAGUGUCCUUGGGUGGAUUCUCCUCUUCCAAACUUCCAAAUAUUGGUAUGUGCCCUGAGCUCCAUAUUUGGAGUUUUUGUUAUUGUUGUUUUUGCUUUUGUACUAGGAAUUGAACUCAAAGGUACUUCACUAUUGAAGUUCUUAUUUUUUUAUUUUGAGACAAAUUCUCUAAGUUCUGGAGGCUGGCCUCCAACUUGCAAUCCUCCUUCCUUGUCCUCCAGAGUCACCAGGCACACAGGUAUGCCUGCUUUGGAAUUCUUUUCCACAUUCCCUCCAUAGGUGGUCACAUUCACAUUUCCAGCUAGACUUAAGACUCUCACAAUCAUGUUGUCAAUUAGAGUUGAAUAUGUAACUUUGUUUAUUGUCUUUGUUCCCCUGAUUAGUAUAUAAGCUUCUUAAGAAUAAUGACUUUAUUUUGAUCAGUGGAUCACCAAUUAUCUGGAAACAUAUCUGACCUGUAAUAGGUUUUUGAGGGAAUAAAAAUUCCGUUCCCCUGACAUCUGCACUUGGAUAUCUAACGAGCAUCCCCACUUGAGGGCCUCACCCAGAGUCGUGGACUUCCUCCUGCAAAUCCACACCCCUCCAUUCCCACUUCAGCAAAUGGCCUCAUCAUCUCUCCGUUACUCAGCUGGCAAAACCAGGAGGCAUCUUCCAAUCCUCUCUUGUGCUCAUGCCCCCAAUCAAUCUUUGGAGGUCUUGGUGGCUCUCCUCCCAGCUCUUCAUCUUCCCUGCACCAGCCCUCCUCUGCCUGCCAUCCCACUCCCAGCCACAGUCCCUCACUGGCCACGCCACAUGACCUUUGGAAACAUGACUCAAAUCAGGCCACUCCUUUGCUUAAAAACCAUGAGCAAUCUCUCACAAUUAAGUCAUGCCCCUGACCAGGGUUGCUGAGGCCCUCGCCACCUGCUACCUAGGCCAUCUUGUCCCCCUCCUCCCCUGCAUUCUCUUGCCACACUUGGAAGCCUCCUUCUCAGGGAGGCCCUUUCCCUCCUAGUUCCCCCCCAGCAACCCUUCCAUAUCAUAUUACACCAUCUUACACCUUCUGAAGCCCUUCUCAGUAGCUGACAAUUUUACCUGCUUGUUUAAUGUCAUUUUCUCCCACUAGGAUAUAGUAAGCUCCAUGAACGCUGGGAUGUUGCCUACCUCAUAUUCCAUUGUAACCAUCAUAAACCCCAUGUGAUGCAGAACAUGGCUUUUCAAACUUUGUAAAUGUUCAGUAAAUAUUUCUUGUCUGACCAAAAAGGAAAAAAAAAAUAAGACAAAGGUUGGUUCUGAUAGUGGAUAAGGGUUGGUGCACACAGAAGCCAUAAUGCCACCUAGUGACCUCCAUCUGGCCCAGUCAGAGCCCCAGGUGGCUUGUCCACUGCAGAGUAACACCAUAUCCUGACAUCAACAUGCUACCCCACCUUUCCACGCUGGCCAGCACCCUUGCCAGCAAGAGUCCCCAGGUGCCAAGAAAGCCUGCAUCAUUGGAGCCUUCCUCUGCUGCUAUUCAUACUGAUCAACCUAUACUCUGCAAACAGCUGUGACAUGUGACCAGUGCUUCUCUGUCCUUUUCAGUUUCACCCACUGAACCCCAGGGUGCAGGUGUGCUGCCAACACUGAGUCAGGAAACCCCAGUUCAAGGCUCAACUUACUCUUGACCUUAGUUCCAGCAGCAAAGAUGCAAAGAAAAGGGUUGUGGCAUUUAUUGUGGAAACAUUUAAUCUACACAAACUAAACUUCACCCUCUGCUAAAAAAGAGAGAGGGAGAGGGAAAUGAUGUUGCAGCUAAUGCUGCUAAUGGCCCUGCCUUCUGCUCAGUGGAAGCUUGCUUUGCAGUGAAGGUGAGAUGGGAAGCACCCUUAGUUGCCCUUGGUCUCCCCGAAAAGUGUGUGAUUACAAUGCUUUUUAUGAUUACAUGGGCCUGAAGCCAGUACUAUACUAGAGAGGCUUACACCAGCCAGCCAAUAGGUGCAUCUCUUCCCAACUCCACAUCAGCAGCUUGAACCUACCAUGGCAGUAUUUACACCACAGCAGAUACCACGUGCAGAAGUCAGGGCUUGUUCAGUAUUUACCACCACACCAUUGCCCGAAACACACAGAAGCUACUCUAUUCACAGCAGAAGCAGUGAACAGAGUAGUUCCCUCCGCGGCCCAACUCCUGGUGGAACUUGAGGAUCUGUCUCCCCAGUGCCCUUCCUGCAUAGGACUGGAGCCUAAAGGGCUGUCAUUGUCACAUGUACCUCUGUGACCUGGGGGCUAGAAAUAUGAGUGCACUUGCUGGGUGAAAACACAGCACUAUAAACUUUGUAUCCAUGUGCUUGUAUGUUAUACUUCAAUUAAAAAUGUUAUUUGUAGCA